AUGUCCUCCCAAACCAAGAACAAGACCAAAACUACGACUUUCUCCCCUCGAAUGUCGAGAAAACCUCCCUUCACUGCAGAAGUACAAGGAGUUCCUCAAGUGCCUGGUGAAUCCAUUCCCCGUUGCAAUAUCCGACACCCAGAACUUCUUUCUCAGCCAGAGCCAGGCAUCGAAACCGUGUUUGAUAUCGUAAAGAAAAUCAUCGAGGGACAAACACAGGAGGUAGAUAAAGUAUGGACUUAUUUUGAAAUGAGCGGUUAUGAGUAUAUAAGCUUUAAGGAUCCUCACUGGCUAUCAAUCGCUCAUGGUUCAAUGUCCCAGUCUAUGCCUAUUGUCACUGCAUACGAUACUCUUGGCGUCGAAGGGCUCCGUCAUUCCCUUAUACAAACGAAAGCCAAGGUCAUAUUCCUAGAACCACAGCUCCUUCAAACUUUACUUGAUUCUCUCGAGGACUUGAAGCAUAUUAGAUACGUGAUAUACAACACAGAUGGCGAUUCAGAACUUCCAUUAUCAAGUAUCAAGGAACUAAAGAAGAGUCACAACCACCUCACACUUUUGAGCUACGAAGAACUAAUAGAUUUGGGACAUUUACAUCCUAUUGAAGCUGUGCCACCUAAAGCUGAGGAUCUUUGCUGCAUCGUGUACACAUCCGGCUCAGGUGGUACUCCGAAGGGCGCAUCGCUAAAGCAUAAGAACGUCGUGGCGGCCAUUACGGGAGCAAAUAUUAUCGUAGGUGAUUAUCUAGGUCCCUCGGAUACACUUCUAGCAUACCUUCCCCUUGCUCAUAUCUUCGAAUUCGUAUUUGAAAACGCAUGUCUUUACUGGGCUGCCCUAAUGGGAUACGGUCAUCCCAGAACUCUCUCUGAACCCUCCAUGAAAAACUGCAAGGGUGAUAUCCAGGAACUAAAACCUACUCUUUUAGUGGGUGUACCAUCAGUAUGGGAGACGGUCAAAAAAGGUGUAAUCGCCAAAGUGAAUCAAGGUGGACCUGUUGUCCGUAGUUUAUUCUGGAGUGCAUUCUACACCAAAGGAUUACUCUCCUCAACCGGCUUACCCGGUUCAGCUAUUUUGGAUGCAAUUGUCUUUAACAAAGUCAAACAAGCGACAGGUGGAAGAUUGAAGUUCUGCUUAAAUGGCGCAGGUCCCAUAUCUCAACAGACUCAAGAAUUUAUCUCUCGGACCAUCACACCCAUGAUUUCUGGUUAUGGGUCCACAGAAACUACCGCCGUGAUGUCCGAAUACUACGAUAACAUUACUGAAACAAACGAGGCGCUUACUCCAGAUGAAUGGUUCAAGACUGAGGAUAUUGGUGAGUGGGACAAAAAUGGACAUUUGAAGAUUAUCGAUCGAAAGAAAAAUUUGGUCAAGACGAUGAAUGGAGAGUAUAUUGCUUUGGAAAAGCUGGAAUCAGUUUAUCGAGCUGCAGCCAUAGCAGCGAAUAUAUGUGUUUACGCCUCAAUCACUGAAACACAUCCGGUCGCAAUCAUUGUCCCCGUCGAACCAGCUCUCAAAAAGCUCGCUGAGUCUCUGGGACUUGUGUAUGGCAGAGCGGACGGGAUGCCCAAUUCUCUUCAGUCUAUGGUCAAAUUAGUAACGGCAACUACGAAAUUAAAUCGAAAGGCGAUCUUUGAGAGAUAUGAGAAGGAUAUUUAUGUGGCUUAUGGAAAUGGGAAUGGAAAGUAA